AACCAAAGGAAGAAGAAAGUUUGCUCUUGACUAUAGACUGCAUCGUGACCGAGCAUCGGUGCAUCAUCAUCAUCAUCAUCACCACCACCACCACCACCACGUAGUUGGACCGCAUGACAUGUGAGAAGUUGAAGAGGAUACCGUUUUAGAUAGGUUGUUUCUAUUAAGGUACAGUUAAGUAAGAAAAUGCCCAGGAAAACGAAGGAGGAAUUGGAGUGGGUGGACGAUGAAGUCGCAGCGGCAGCUGAAAAGACUGUGAAAAAAGGGAAGAAAGAUAAAAAGGGGAAAAAGAGUUUCUUUGAAGAGCUCACCACAGAUUGCAAACAUGAAAAGGUGAAUGAGGUGGCUGGAAAAGACACACAGGGAAAACAGAAAAAGAAAAAAGAUCGACGAAGAGGAAAAGGUGGAGAAGCAGAUGAGGAUGAUGAUACAAACGUCAUGCUGAAGCUGAAAAAGCUCUCAGUGCAAGCAAGUUAUGAAGAAGAUGAGCCAGUCAUUGCCACCAGUGAAGGAAACAAGGGUGGAAACAUCUACGCUGCUCUCAGUCAGGGCCAGAGUGAUGAGGAUGCUGAUAUGGAUGAAGAAGAUAUACCAGCAAAAAAAGUUGUAUCUGAAGAGGAGGAUGCGGCAGAGAAAGAAGAUGCGGCAGAGAAAGAAGAUGCUGAAGAGAAAACAACAAAAACCAAGAGGGCAGAAGCCAAGUCCAAGUCACCAGAUAAUUAUGAAACGGAAGCACAACCAAAGAAGGGGAAGAUCAAACAAAACAAGAAAGGAAAGCCUGCUGAGCGAUCAUGCAGCGAGCAUGAGGAUGAUGAUGAGGAUAGUGACGGAGGUGACAUGAUGAUGAGUGCUGAGGAUGCCAUUGCAGAGCAGGCCAAACCACAGGUUGAGGACCCAAAUGCAAAUCUUAGUAAAAAGGAGAAGAAGAAGAAAAAGAAACAGAUGGAGUACGAGCGUCAAGUGGCUAGUGUUAGGGCUCAGAAUGCCUUGGAGGGGGAUUUCUCCAUUUCCCAGGCGGAGAUGUCCUCCAGACAGGCAAUGCUGGAGAAUGCCUCUGAUAUUAAGCUGGAACGGUUCAGCAUAUCUGCUCAUGGCAAGGAGCUUUUCAUCAAUGCUGACCUUCUGAUUGUAGCAGGAAGAAGAUAUGGUUUGGUUGGACCAAAUGGCAAAGGAAAGACCACAUUACUUAAACACAUGGCUAACAGAGCUCUCAGUAUUCCACCCAACAUUGAUGUGCUACUGUGUGAACAGGAGGUGGUAGCUGAUGACACGCCGGCAGUGCAGGCUGUGCUGAAAGCAGACACUCGCCGCCUGAAGCUACUAGAGGAGGAGAAACGGCUCCAGGCUCGUCUCGAAAAGGGAGAGGACAGUGUCGCUGAGCGGUUGGAAAAGGUCUAUGAAGAGCUGAGGGUGAUUGGAGCUGCAGCAGCUGAGGCCAAAGCCAGAAGGAUUCUGGCUGGUCUGUCCUUUACCCCUGAGAUGCAAAACAGACCCACCAAGAGGUUCUCUGGAGGUUGGAGAAUGAGAGUCUCCCUUGCCAGAGCUCUGUUCAUGGAACCCACACUGCUGAUGCUGGAUGAACCCACAAACCACCUGGACCUGAACGCUGUCAUCUGGCUCAAUAACUACCUUCAAGGCUGGAAGAAGACUCUCCUCAUAGUUUCCCACGAUCAGAGUUUCCUUGAUGAUGUGUGUACGGAUAUCAUGCACUUAGACAACCAAAAACUCUACUAUUACAGAGGGAAUUACUCUCACAUGAUGACGCUGUGUGCUCUCUGGACUAAAUGUUUGAAAAUGUCGGAGACCAACAUGGUUAACGAUAUAGCAGAGUCGUCACAAGAGAAGCAGACCAAGGAUGCCCUGACCAGAAAGCAGCAGAGAGGCAAGAAGAAAGGAAGUCAGGAGGAGGAGAGCCUGGAGGCCACGGAGCUGCUGAAGAGGCCUAAAGAAUACACUGUCAAGUUUACUUUCCCCAACCCACCUCCACUCUCACCGCCCAUACUGGGACUACAUAGUGUUGACUUUGGAUAUGAUGGUCAGAAGUCUUUAUUCAAAAACGUGGACUUUGGAAUUGACAUGGACUCCAGGAUUUGUAUUGUUGGACCCAAUGGUGUUGGGAAAAGUACCCUGCUGCUGCUUCUCACUGGGAAACUAAAUCCUACUAAAGGUGAGAUGAGAAAGAAUCAUCGUUUGAAAGUGGGCUUCUUCAACCAGCAGUAUGCUGAUCAAUUGAACAUGGAGGAAACAGCUUCAGAGUACCUGAUGAGGAAUUUCAACCUUCCGUAUCAGGAUAGCAGAAAGUGCUUGGGACGCUUUGGCCUGGAGAGCCAUGCCCACACCAUUCAGAUCUCCAAACUCUCCGGUGGUCAGAAAGCUAGAGUAGUAUUUGCUGAACUAGCAUGUCGUCAGCCUGAUGUACUGAUUUUGGAUGAACCCACCAACAAUUUAGACAUCGAGUCAAUCGAUGCCUUAUCAGAGGCCAUCAAUGAAUACAAAGGAGCUGUGAUCAUUGUGAGUCAUGAUGCCCGGCUCAUCACUGAGACCCAGUGUCAACUGUGGGUGGUUGAGGACAGUACAGUCAACCAGAUCGAUGGAGACUUUGAUGAGUACAAGCGGGAGGUGUUGGAGGCCCUGGGAGAGACCAUGGUCAACAAGGUCAAUGCAUGAUCACACAGAGGACACACCGCUGUUCCUCCGCCUGGACCAGCUGGCAUGUCUCUCAAAACAACACUGACAGCAAAAAUUGAUUUGUUGGGGUGUUUAUAGGUAUUCCCUUAUAAGCUUACAUUUUCCAACUGGCUGGAGUGUUCAUCUUACAUUAACUUUUCAAAAUAUAUAGAGAAAAUUGUCUGUGAGAACUACUCAAUUUAACAAUAAAACAAAUUCAGUUUUGA